AUGGCUUUGUCAGCCGUUGAAAUCUCCAAGGAAGAAGAGAAGGUAACUUCAGAACAUUAUGAAAGGUCUCAGUGGGUGCUCAAUGCUCCUGAUCCCCCAACUACGUGGCACAAGCUCGGGGGUUCUGUGAGCAACACAAUCUCAAAGUACCAAGAAAUGUGCUUUGCUCUAAGAAGCCAACAUGGACCUAAACUCUUACUUUCCUUCUUGAGGGGCAUUUUUCCUAUUCUUCAAUGGGGUCCAAAUUAUUCACCAACCAAAUUCAGAAACGACUUACUCGCUGGUCUAACCAUCGCAAGUCUCUGCAUUCCUCAGAGCAUUGGGUAUGCCACUUUAGCAAAGCUUGAUCCUGAAUAUGGACUAUAUACUAGUGUGGUGCCACCUCUUAUGUAUGCUUUGAUGGGAACCUCAAGAGAAAUAGCAAUUGGACCAGUGGCGGUGGUAUCGCUUCUUUUGUCAUCAAUGAUUGAGAAAUUAAUAGACCCUGCCAUUGAUCCAAACGGGUACAGAAAGCUUGUUUUCACUGCCACUUUCUUUGCUGGUAUAUUUAAAGCUGCUUUUGGACUAUUGAGGUUGGGGUUCCUUGUGGAUUUUGUGUCUCAUGCUGCUAUUGUUGGAUUCAUGGGGGGAGCAGCUACAAUAAUUGGUCUUCAACAACUGAAGGGACUAUUUGGGAUCAAUCAUUUUACCAACAAAACAGACAUAAUCUCUGUCAUGAAAUCGCUUUGGGAAUCGAUUCAUCAUCCUAUUUCUGCUGACAAAAGUGGAGUUAACAUUGUGAGACAUAUAAAAGGAGGAUUGAAUCCAAGCUCUAUCAAUCAGAUAGAGUUGAACAACCCACACAUUGGAGCACUGGCCAAAAUUGGACUAGUCCUUGCGGCUGUUGCACUCACUGAAUCAGUUGCUGUUGGACGAUCUUUUGCAUCCAUGAAAGGAUACCACCUUGAUGGAAACAAGGAAAUGGUAUCAUUAGGCUUCAUGAACAUUAUAGGAUGCAUCUUUUCGUGCUAUGUAGCAACUGGUUCUUUCUCUCGCACAGUGGUUAAUUUCACUGCAGGUUGUGAAACAUUAGCGUCAAACAUUGUGAUGGCCAUUGUAGUGAUCGUAUCACUACAAUGUUUGACGAAGCUUUUGUACUUUACACCAACUGCUAUUCUGGCUUCAAUAAUCCUUUCAGCUCUGCCGGGACUCAUAGACAUUAACGAAGCUUACAAAAUAUGGAAAGUUGAUAAGCUUGAUUUUCUUGCUUGUGUUGGAGCCUUUUUCGGGGUGAUCUUUUCGUCAGUGGAGCUUGGUCUGCUAGUGGCCGUGGCAAUAUCUUUCACAAAGAUAAUUUGGAUCUCGAUUGGAGCAGGCACAGAAACUCUGGGAAGACUUCCGGGCACAGAUGUGUUCUGCGAUGUACAGCAGUAUCCUAUGGCUGUUAAGACUCCUGGGGUUGCAAUAUUACGCGUCAAGUCUGCAUUGCUUUGCUUUUCUAAUGCCAAUUCAGUCAGAGAGAGGAUCCUGAAAUGGAUCACUCAGGAAGAAGCAAAGGGGAAAACAGAAGGCAACACCGGAAGCACAAUUCAGCUAGUAAUCCUUGAUACCUCUAAUUUGGUGAGCAUUGACACAUCAGGAAUUGCUUCUCUAGAGGAACUGCAUGAGAGUUUGGUCUCAAGUGGGAAGCAGCUAGCAAUUGCCAAUCCUAGGUGGCAAGUGAUUUACAAGCUAAAGGGAACCAACUUUGUCACAAGAAUUGGAGGAAGGGUCUUCUUGACUAUUGGAGAAGCAAUUGACUGCAAUCUGGAUUUCUAA